UAGUGGGUGGAGAGAGAGCUUAAGUAUCAGACCUGCCUGUCCUCUGGCCAUUACACACCUGACUAGGAUACAUACAUACAUCAUGUCCACCCUGAAAGUCUCAGUCCUGGUGGUGCUCGUCCUUCUUGCUGUGGCGAUUCAGAUCUCUGAUGCAGGUCCCUACGGUGCCAAUGUGGGAGACAGUAUCUGCUGCAACGACUACCUCCGUCGCCCUCUGCCAACGCGUUUAGUGAAGGGGUUCUCCUGGACCUCAAGAUCCUGCCGCAAGCCUGGCGUUGUUUUGAUAACCAUCAAGAACGUAGGAUUCUGUGCCGACCCCAGGCAUCCCUGGGUGAAGAAGCUACUCCAUAAGCUGGCCUAGAGAGGAGGACCUGAUGCCCAUGGGUCUGCUGUGGUCCAGGAAGGCUCAGCAAACCCUAUCCUCUGCCCUUCCAGCAAGAGCCAUGCCAACAACGCCACCUUUGCUCACCUCCAUCCCCUGGGCUGUCACUCUGAGAGGCCCUGGUCCCUCUACCUUCCCUCUCUCCCUGCCAGCUCACCCUUUUCCGACAUGGCUGCUGGGACGCACAUUCUGGCCAGCCUUACCCUAUAAUACCGACUCCCCACUGCUUUAGAUGAGACCAGGGUCCUUGUUUCAGUGCCCUGUUCCUAGGACACCUUCCCCAUCCCCAACCUUGGCCCCUUUCUCUUCUUACAUGGAGGGAAGACCCAUAUGGUUCAACUGCGUGUUACCCAGUUCCCUGUCUGGGAGGUUGCUGAUACCCGGGAUGGUAUUCCUGCUGCAGGCACCCAUCCAGCACCACACGCCUCCCAGGCGUCCAUCACUCCCAGUGGCCCACCCACCAAGGCCCACCCUUAAGAUUUCCUUAGCCUCCACCUACUCUCAGUAGAAUUCUGGGAGUUUCAGCUGGUCCACUAGAGCCCAAGGUCCCCACCAGAGCCCCUCUUGUUUCUUGGUCUCUAGCAUGGGGCAGGGAGCACGGGGCAGGCUCAGGAUCAGAUUUCUGAAAGGAGCUGCAGACUCCAUAAGUAAAAGGACUAUUACACCUCCCCCCCCCCCAUCCCUGAAUAUAAGGCAGUUUCCUGUCAACACAGAGACUCGGGUUGUUAGGAAGGGGCUAGGUACGUCAACCAUGAAACCCUAAAUUUACCACGAAUCAACUUCUAUCCCUCUUUAACCACAUGCUAGAACUUUCACUUUCUCGGCCCCACUCGACUCCUUGCCUGUGUAGCUGAUAGUCAAAGCCAUGCCAAUGACUACCAUAGUUUGGUAUUAUAAGCUAUAGUUAUAUUUAUAUAGGAAAGAGGAUAAAUAUAUGUAAGGCCAAAUAGACGAAUGCAGAGUUUGGGGACCUGGGAGCAGGGAGGGCCAUGCAAACUGAUUCAUCAGAAAGCAGCUGGUUGUGGGAGCUGCUGCCAGUGGCACAGUUCAGUUAAAGAACUUAGUUGAAAUUGUUCUUGAGUGACUGAGGCCAAGACAAGAAUUUAGAACUCAUUCUUGCUCCCCCGGAGACAACAGUGUCCCAGGGGAGGGAAUAAACCCGUUUUAUCCUCUGGAGGGAAUGUGGCCUGGCUUAGAGGAGAGACUGGAUUGUGUGACCCCGAGGGCGUUGCUAUUCCUCUCUGAGCCUCAGCUGGCUGAAUAUGGGACCAAAGAGGGCUUGAUCCAAACCACAGGGAUUGACAGUGCCAGCCUCAGCUGUGUCCAGAGCUCAUGUCCUUCCAGAAGGAGCAUCUGGACGACCAGGGCCACCAUUCAUGCUACUCUGUCCACUGCCCAUGCAUGUCCUGAGGGUCCCCUCCUCUCCUACUUCUGGGAAAAUAAAUGUUCACCA